AUCUUCUGCCGGCAUGCAACGGAGAAAUAACAACCAUGUCUUUCCUACAAGAUGUUGUGGACAUUUUACUUCAGUAUGUGGUGAAAAGUUUUGAUAGAUCAACGAAAGUUAUUGAUUUCCAUUACCCAAAUGAGCUGCUUCAGGAAUAUAACUGGGAGCUGGCAGACCAGCCACAGACCUUGGAAGAAAUUCUAUUGAACUGCAGAACAACUCUGAAGUAUGCAAUUAAAACAGGGCACCCUAGAUAUUUUAAUCAACUUUCAACUGGAUUGGACAUGGUUGGAUUGGCAGCAGACUGGCUGACAUCAGCAGCAAAUACUAAUAUGUUCACCUAUGAAAUUGCUCCAGUGUUUGUACUUUUGGAAUAUGUCACACUAAGGAAAAUGAGAGAGAUGGUUGGCUGGCCAGGGGGCUGUGGCGAUGGGAUAUUUUCACCUGGUGGUGCCAUAUCUAACAUGUAUGCUAUGUUGAUUGCACGUUUCAAGAUGUUCCCAGAAGUUAAAGAAAAAGGAAUGGCAGCUAUUCCAAGACUGGUUGCCUUCACAUCAGAACAUAGUCACUUUUCUGUGAAGAAAGGAGCUGCAGCCUUGGGUAUUGGUACAGAUAGCGUGAUUUUGAUCAGAUGUGAUGAAAGAGGGAAAAUGAUCCCAUCAGACCUUGAAAGAAGAAUUCUUGAAGCCAAACAAAAAGGUUUUGUUCCUUUUCUGGUGAGUGCCACAGCUGGGACAACGGUGUAUGGGGCAUUUGAUCCUCUCAUAGCUAUUGCAGACAUCUGUAAGAAGUACAAAAUCUGGAUGCACGUGGAUGGAGCAUGGGGUGGCGGGCUCCUGAUGUCAAGAAAACACAAAUGGAAGUUAAAUGGCGUUGAAAGGGCCAAUUCAGUGACCUGGAACCCUCACAAGAUGAUGGGCGUCCCACUGCAGUGUUCAGCCCUGCUAGUAAGAGAGGAGGGGUUGAUGCAGAGCUGCAAUCAAAUGCAUGCUUCCUACCUCUUCCAACAAGACAAGCACUACGACCUGUCUUAUGACACAGGAGACAAGGCUUUGCAAUGUGGACGGCAUGUUGAUGUCUUCAAGCUAUGGUUGAUGUGGAGGGCAAAGGGAACCACAGGAUUUGAAGCACAAAUUGAUAAGUGCUUGGAACUUGCAGAGUACUUGUACAAUAAAAUAAAGAACAGAGAAGGGUAUGAAAUGGUGUUUGAUGGAAAGCCUCAGCACACAAACGUCUGCUUCUGGUAUAUACCUCCCAGUUUGCGCAUUAUGGAAGACAAUGAAGAAAGAAUGAGCCGCCUUAUGAAGGUGGCUCCUGUGAUAAAAGCCAGGAUGAUGGAGUAUGGCACGACUAUGGUGAGCUAUCAGCCCCUGGGAGACAAAGUGAACUUCUUCCGGAUGGUCAUCUCAAACCCCGCGGCAACUCACCAGGACAUUGAUUUCCUGAUUGAUGAAAUAGAACGUCUGGGACAAGAUUUAUAAUAAUUGGCUGUGAAAGUCUGUUCCUGGACCUCUGAGUAGACAAUUGAGUUGUCACAAACUGUGCGAAUGUAUUUGUAGUUUGUUCCAAAGUAAAUUUAUUUCUAUAUCGUGGCGUUGGAGUAGAGUACAGUUUAAAAUCAAGAAACAUGGCUCCUUUAAAGUCCUUUCCUGAGUUUUAGAAUACCUCCUUAAUAAUUAGCUGCACAAAAAGCUGCGUUUAAACAAAUAAGGAAGAACAGAAGAUGCUUAAAAUUUUAUCCCCGAUUUUAACACAGCAACUACUUUAAAUUAAAAGCAAUUGGACUGAAUUAUGUCAAAUUUCCCCAGAAUGGUGACAAAAUCAAAUUGUGGGAAGUGGGAGGGGGCGGUGAGAAGUAGAGCAUACAAGCUGUGUGUUUAAAAGGGAAAUAUUUUGCCUUUUACAUAGUAUUAGAACAGAAUUUCUAAUUUACCUAUAGCAACAUUGCAAAUGUGUUUAAAUAGGUAUAGUUUUACAAAGGGAAAUAUAUAUAUAUUAAAAAAUCCUAUUUUGUAAACUAUAUAUUUUUAUUUUGUAUGGGUUAUAAAACUGCAAGGACAGAAGCUGAAAAUUAACUAGGAUUCUUUUUCUUUUGAUGGAGGCCUCAAGUAUUUAUUACUGCUUAUUUUAAAAUAUAAGCCCACAUACUACACUCGUAAGAGGUACCAGUACCUCUUUUCUCCAUGUCAUAUGGAUUGUACAUCUCCAGGGUUGAUUACUGAAAAACCUCAAGAGUACUGCAGCUCUUAAAACCACUUAAUAAGAUCAAUUACAGUACAACAAUAGGAUGCUAUUAUUCCUAAUUAUGUUUCCCGCUUGGCCUAACUAAGCAGACGCACAAUCAAUAUACAGUGCUAACCAAGACUGAAAUAAGGUUGUAUUUGGAUGGUUUCUGUGUUCUGUGGUGAAAAAGCCUAUAUUAAAAAAAGUCACGUUUGAAUAAAUGCUU